AUCGUCUGGGCUCAUUCGCAUUGAAGAAGCCCAUGCGAAUUAGUGUAGCACCUGCCGGAAAAAAAGAUGUUUUACACAUUCAAAGAAGUGGAAUAUACUCACCAAAUCCCAAGAAACCAAGUUGUCGGCAGACUACAUUGGCAUCCUCAUAUGUCCAGUAAUCGUCACACACUGACCUCCACUCUGAGUCUCUCAACACCUCUACAAGACCUGAUUUUAAUGUCUCUUGGCCACUCUCCAGAUCCACAAGACGAAUUCUGACUUCUGUAUAGGUAAUUACACCACU